ACAGUCUAUAAUCUACGGCCGCCAUCUUCUGGAGUUCUGGAUUCGUUAUUAUUUUGUUUCCUGCACAAUCCGACAGAUACGGGGGCGCGUGAAACGGAGCUCUACGAUUGGUACUGGAUUGGUAGAAACAAAAUCAUCCGGCCAAUCAGGGAGCUCAAAAUCCCUAACUGUGAUAUUUUGAACCAGCGUCAACUUCAGUUGCUCUUGAGGCAGGACGAGUGGAAAGUGAAUUAACGUACCAGUUAAGGAUCUCCAUAAAUGAAAGAAACUAUUCACCUGGGACGAAAAGAACAAAUAAUAUAAUUAGAGACUUGUUCGGGGAAUCGUCAAAGAUCACCCCCUCAACGUAUUAAAAAAAAAUGGCUCCAACCAAGAUGUUGAGUGGCCAAAAUAAACAAAAUGCCACAGCCAUUGUAAUACGUAGGGGAAUCAUAACUCGAAGUCACAAUUCACUGGCUAAUGCCAAGCAGUCUGCUGCUGUCAAAGAUCCAAGAGUAAAACGAAAAGCUGACGGUUCACCUGUGAAAGAUAAAGUAGCCAAACGAUCAGCCCUUGGAAAUAUCACUAAUGCGAUUGGAAAAUCUUUAGGCGCACAGAUUCAAGAAGCAAAAAAAGUAACAAAGAAAGUAGCUAUCCAGAACAAGCCGGCGACAAACACUCUGCAAUCAAUAGGAAAGAUACCAAUUAAGCCUGACAAUGUGGUACCAGUCAAAGCAAAACCACCAUCUCGGGUCCCAGCUAAAAAGAAGGAAGAUGAUAAGGUAGAAAUACCGGCCAAAAUAGCUAAUGUCAGACGCAGUUUAGAUUUGGAAAAAUCUGAAGACAGUUCGCUGUAUGUCAGUGCCUUAGAAGAUGCCGACGAAAGUUUAAAAAAAUCCACGCGCAGUAAUUCCCGGGUUGAGAGUAAACAAGACUCCAAAACUCCUGCCAAAUCCGAAGAGCAACCUAGAGCCUCGUCUAUACCGAAAGAACCUGCUCUGUCCAUUGCAGCACGUCUGGACGCACCUCCUGACACCAAGUUACCUCCAGGAGUACAGUGGGACUUUGAUGCUGAGAAUUGGUCCGAUCCCUACCAAGUAUCUCAUUAUGCAAUGGAUACCUUUAACUAUCUCAAAGGCAGAGAGCAUCUGUUCCCGAUCGGUGAUUACAUGGAAAGACAAGUGUGUUUAUCGCCAUGGAUGAGGUCUCUAUUAGUCGAUUGGAUGGUCGAAGUACAAGAGUCUUUUGAAUUGAACCAUGAGACUCUAUAUUUAGCUGUUAAAUUAGUAGAUCUUUACCUGACCAAAGUAACAGUCGGAAAAGAGACCCUCCAGCUCUUAGGUGCCGCCAGUUUGUUCAUCGCCAGCAAGUUUGACGAAAGAAUCCCACCAAUGGUUGACGAUUUUUUAUAUAUUUGUGAUGGAGCGUACACGCGACGAGAGCUAACUAGAAUGGAAAUAAACGUUUUAAAGAUAGUAGACUUCGAUCUAGGCAUUCCUCUGUCAUAUAGGUUCCUCAGAAGAUACGCCCGGUGUGCUAAAGUUUCUAUGCCAACCUUGACCUUGGCUCGUUACAUUUUGGAAUAUUCACUGAUGGACUACUCAACAAUAAUGUACAGCGAUAGUAAAAUGGCAGCAGCAGCCUUAUUUAUUGCCCUUCAAAUGAAGGAUCUUGGUGGUUGGAAUGCAACGCUUGAAUAUUAUACUGGUUUUACUGAUGGAGAUGUCAAAGAAAUUGUGUUGGCAUUGAACCAAGGUUUACACCGGAAACCUAAAGAAGCAUUAGCUACAGUACGCAACAAGUACAGCCAUAAGAUAUUUUUCGAGGUCGCAAAAGUGCCACUGAAACAAGUAUUAGAUAUAUAGUUAGAUUCGUAAGUACUGUAUUGUUGAUUGUAGGUAGUUAGAUAUGGGGCUUGACUGGUCUUUUUUUUUAUAUUGUUUUUUUUUUUUUAAUACGAACAAGCCUAACUUCAAAUUCUAGCCUUAUCAAAUUUGUAGCUUACCUAAACCAUGACGAACCCUCAACAUUGAAUAAUUACUUGAAUGUACUUCGUUUGAAGUGAAGGAAAGAAGAUUAGAUAUUUCUAAACCAACCCAGUUGCUGUCCAGCUAAGCUUCGUUUUUCUAUCUCCACUUUUCUUCUACCUUUUUUUUUAAACGGAAAAAAAAACCUCACAUACCAUUGACGCGUGAACUUUAACAAGUUUUUACAAUUUACAUACAGCUUUUAAACGGCGGGAUGAAUCGAAAGCUAAUUCUAUUAUAUACAUAUAUAUAUAUUCUUUUAUUCUAGACUAUUUAUAGACACUAAUAUUUCCAUGACACUCUACAGUCUCAGUAUUUUUUUAGGGUAUUUCAACAACCCACCUUUUUCUCUGUUUUUGUUGAAAAAUUUAUUAUCCCGACGACACACGCUUGUUCAUCACAAGGAACUCAUUUGUGACGUUGAGUAUACAUAUACAUUUUUUUGUUCUACUCACGAGGUCGAAAUAUCUCUAUCUGUCUUUGCAAUUGAAUUUGAUUUGUUUUUUUUUCUAUUUUUAUAUUUUAAUACGUUGAAUAAAAUUGAUAAUUAUUAUUACGAUAAUUAGAAUAAUAAUGUUGUUCUUAGGGAAUACUAUUGAAACAUUUGGAAUUGUGAGAAAGUUAACCGAAAAUUGAAUGAUUAUAAAAAGAAAAAUAAAAAGAGAUUCUAGUGUGCCGCAUUGAUAUGCAAUAUAUGUCGCACUUCUAUACAGACUGACGAUGGUAAAAAAGUCCAUACCACGACGGUAUGAAACAAUAAGAAAAAAUACGAACAUAAAAACUUUUAAGUGCUACACUUUUGUGGAGCACCGUGACAAAUUUUGGCACUCACAUUAAUCAAAAAAAUGAGAUAAAUAGUGAAAUAAAAAUAACAAAAGUCCCCUCAAAAAUUUCUAGAGCUUGGGAAAGUCAGUCCAUAUAAUUUUUGACCGGCUUUCAUUUAAUUCCUCUUUAACCUUUACCAUCUGUGAUAAAUCUAUCAAUAUUAAUUGACCAAUUCCCGACUGACCUAACGUUAACAUAAAUUUUAACUAUCAUUAGUUAAUUAUAAUUCUUUCCUAGCGUGUGGAAAUUUAUUAAUCAAAAUUAAAUACCUUUACUGGGCAAAACGUCACAGAUCUGGACAAGCCUCGACGAAUAUUUUUUCUAUAGAUGGGUAGAUGUGUUAAAAUAUACAUAUAGUGUAAUUUUCAAAGUUUGACUACAAGCUGUGUAUAUACAAAGCUUUCGAAAUUGCUAAACUGGCACGAUGAGGUGAAGUUCUUCCACUGCGGAAAGAUGAAACGAAAAAAAACCGUACAUAUAUCCGCAAGUCAUAGCCCCCCUAAAAUCUGGAAUUACUCCCUGUAUAUAUUAAUGAUAUUAAUGUAAUUGUAUGUCCAUUUUUGCCAUCAAUGAAUGUACUAUGGUCUAUUUUUAUACGAUGUGUGUGUAUGUGAAUUAUUAUAAAUGAAUACAUAAUUUAAUUAAUAAAAUCAUGACAUGUGAAUCUGUCUAUUAAUACUCUAUUCUCUGGCUAUCAUCUUUCUGCAGUUGUUUUCUAAAUACCAAGCACCAAGUAUUAUGCGCUUUUUUCUAAUUAUUGUUAUCCAGAGUCCGUGAAAUCAUUUUAGUAGCGCGGUUGGGUUGCUGCCUUCAGCCAUACUCAUUUCGUUAGUGUAACAAAAUGAUAUCUAACUAAUAAAAAACCUUUAAACCCAGCACUAAAUUUUAAUCAGCAAACACAAUGAGAAUUUUUAAUAGUUUUAGUUAAAAAUUGAAACAAUUUUAACGAGAGUCCUUUAUUAAAACAGAAUGGUUAUACAAUAGACAGGGCAACAUGGAUAUAUUAACAAUAACUCUUAUAAAUUUGUAAAAAGCAGGUACUUUAGUUAUUGAAAUAAAUAUGUUGAGAAUAA